AUGGCUCACCCCAAAGCCUCUCAUGGGCUUCUCCUCCUCCUCAGCUUCUUCCUCCUAACCCUUUGCUCUGUUCCAUCUUUGGCCGAUGACCCUCAGGUUCUGAUCGAGUUCAAGAGCUUCUUGUCUAAUGCCGAUGCCUUGUCCAACUGGAACCAAUCUAUCAGUGUCUGUAACUGGAAAGGUAUAAAAUGUCGCAAAGGUGGAUUUCACUUGAUACUGGAGAAGAUGGGACUGAGUGGCACUAUAGAUAUUAAUACCCUGUUGGGAUUGUCCAAUUUGCAGUCUUUUAGCGUCAAGAACAACAAUUUUGAAGGUAAAAUGCCUAGCUUUAACAGGUUUGGGAGAUUGAAGGGACUGUAUUUGUCCCAUAACAAGUUCUCUGGAGACAUCCCUGAUAAUGCUUUUGAGGGUAUGAAAUAUCUGAGCAAGGUAUUCUUGGAUGAAAAUGAGUUCACCGGUCGCAUUCCUAGUUCUCUUGCUGAAUUGCCCAACCUUUUGGAUUUGGACUUACAUUCGAAUCACUUUGAGGGAAACAUUCCAGAGUUUCGAACCAAAAAUAAGUUCAGAGUUUUCAAUGUAUCCAACAACCAGCUCGAAGGUGAAACACCAGGAAGCACAAACGUUGGCGAUCCCAGCGCAAAUGAUGUAAUUUGCGGUGCAAUAGGAAACGAAUUGUGUGGAAAACCUUUGAGUCCCUGCAAAAAGUCCUCCUCAAGGAAGCGAGAUAUUCUUAUAAUUGCUAUUAUAGUGGUGGCUGUCAUUCUCUUGGCUUCAAUUAUAGCAGCUUUAAUUGUUCGUCGUCGCCGGAGGCGAAGAAGACGUAGUUCUCAGACGCAAACUACGGUUCAGCAAGUGCAGCAUCAAAACAGUGCGCCAUUGGUAAUUAAGAAGAGUCCAUCACUUGAUCUGACAGUUGAAUUCAAGAAGGGCGAGGGUGGGGAUUUGAACUUUCUUAAGAAAGACAACGAGAGAUUUGAUCUGCAAGAUCUUCUUAGAGCCUCGGCUGAAAUUCUGGGCAGUGGAAGUUUUGGAUCUACGUAUAAGGCUAUUGUUUUGAACGGACCAGCCGUGGUCGUGAAGAGAUUUAAGCACAUGAACAAUCUUGGGAAACAAGAGUUCUUUGAGCACAUGAGAAGGCUCGGAAGCCUAAGCCAUCCUAACCUUCUUCCCCUGGUCGCUUUCCACUACAGAAGAGAAGAAAAGCUUCUGGUUUAUGACUUGGUUGAAAAUGGCAGCUUGGCCAGUCAUCUCCAUGGUAGGCGUGGUUCUGGGCUAGACUGGUCAACCCGAUUGAAAAUCAUAAAAGGAGUAGCGAGAGGAUUAGCUUACCUCUACAGAGAAUUCCCAGAUGAAAAGCUACCACAUGGACAUCUCAAAUCCUCGAAUGUUCUGCUAGACUGCUCAAUGGAGCCUCGUUUGACGGAGUACGGACUCGUGCCGGUGAUGAACAAGAGCCACGCUCAACGGUUCAUGGCAGCAUACAAGGCCCCAGAGAUGAACCAAUCGGAGCGACCCAGCCAGAAGACGGACCUGUGGUGUUUGGGGAUUCUCAUUCUGGAACUACUGACAGGGAAAUUCCCGGCAAAUUACCUACGACAUGGGCAAGGAGCGAACUCGGACUUGGCCACGUGGGUGAACUCGGUGGUGAGAGAAGAGUGGACAGGGGAGGUGUUCGAUAAGGAUAUUCUGGGUACGAGGAAUGGUGAAGGAGAGAUGCUGAAGCUGUUGAAGAUAGGAAUCUACUGUUGUGAAUGGGACGUGGAGAAUCGGUGGGAUUGGAAGCAGGCGAUAGCCAAGAUUGAGGAAUUGAAGGAGAAGGACAGUGAAGACGAUUUCUCUUCUUUUAAUAACAGCGAAGCAGAUUUGUCCUCCUCCAGGCCUAUCACCGACGAGGAUUAAUUCUCGCUCCCAC